CCUCGACAACCAGGAGAUACACCUCGACCAAUUGAACCCCCUACAACCCUACGAUGUUCCUCACAAGAUCAGAAUACGACCGUGGUGUCAACACCUUCUCCCCCGAAGGCCGCCUCUUCCAAGUCGAAUACGCAACGGAAGCAAUCAAACUCGGCUCCACCGCAAUCGGCAUAGCAACCUCCUCCGGCGUCCUCCUCGGCGUCGAAAAGCGCGUAACCUCAACCCUCCUCGAAUCCUCAUCCAUCGAGAAAAUUGUCGAAAUCGACCGUCAUAUCGGUGUUGCUAUGUCCGGUCUUACGGCGGAUGCUAGAACGAUGGUUGAGCACGCACGGGUUGAGGCACAGAACCAUGCGUUUACGUAUGAUGAGCCGUUGAGGGUUGAGAGCUGUACGCAGAGUGUGUGUGAUUUGGCGUUGAGGUUCGGAGAGGGAGCGGAGGGUGAGGAUGCGAUUAUGUCGAGACCGUUUGGUGUUGCACUGUUGGUUGCCGGUGUUGACGAGAAUGGACCUCAAUUAUAUCACGCCGAACCCUCAGGUACCUUCUACCGCUACGAUGCCAAAGCCAUCGGUUCCGGCUCCGAAGGCGCACAAACCGAACUCCAGAACGAAUACCACAAAUCCAUGACCCUUGAGGAAGCCGAAGACCUUAUCCUCAAGGUGCUGAAGCAAGUCAUGGAGGAGAAGUUGGAUGCGAAGAACGUACAGUUGGCGAGUGUCACCAAGGAGAAGGGAUUCAGGAUUUACACGGAUGAGGAGAUGGGUGUUGUGGUCGGAAGGAUGCAGUAAGGAAUUGAGGCAUACGAGUUGCAUAGAAGAUUAGGAUGUAUACCCAUGGAAUUUGAGUUUGCGGCUAUAUUUGGUAUCUCGUGGUAUAUCCUCGUGCGUCCUUCCUCACGAUCCCCUGUAGGUCGAAUAGCUGUAUGGACUCAACAAAAGUGGAACAUGAUAGUGCUCCUGCAGCAGAUCCUUGGCAUUGACGAAGAUCUCCACCCAGGGGAAGAACGUCUCCAUGCCCAAUUUUUUGUAAUAUUGUUCAACUUCAAAUACGAGUCUGUAUACGUCCGUGCUGGAUGCAUGGAAAGCUCCCUGGGUCAGUGUCCACUUUAGGAUCCGUCCGUCAGAAUCCGUUUCGGCGUAGCCAGUUUUUGUGAACUUGUUGUCCGCAGGAUCGACCGCGUACAGAGAAACCUGAACUCCUG